CGAGUAGUUCAAAUAAAUAAUCGAGUCGCAAGCACCUCCUCCGUUUAUCUGAGCCUCGACAUCAACGUGAAGGAAGUACAAAAAGUAAAAAUAGUCAUUCGGAGUUUAAUCUGAUGGACUAAUGCUGGGACUUCCUGAUCGGGAAUACUUGUUUUAUCUGUAAGCUUGGUCAAAAUAUUGACUUAUGAAUUCCUGCUGAGACAAACAAACUCAAUCGUGCUCCAAUUUCUGGGAAAAUUAACAAACAAAUAACAGAAUGAUUUUUCUGAUCUUUAUUGCACUUCUCACCGGAACAACUUUGGCUAAUGACUGGUAUGACUCUCAGUACUACUCGUUCUCGCCUCAAGUGGGCUCAGGAAAAGGCCUCUCAUAUGCCAUCACCGGUAAGGGACGGAUUACGGGUGUCCGAGUGUGGGAGGCCAGCAACAGCUUCAUUUACGGCUUCCAGUUUCGCUACGGCCACACCUGGACGACCGUGGCGGGUCGCGAGUUGGGCCGAAAGCAGGAGAUAGAAUUGUUUGACGACGAGGCCAUCGUGGCCAUCUCGGGAAAAUAUGCACACAACAUUCAGUCUGUGGUGUUCACCACCAAUCUGGGCCGUUCGCUCUUCGCGGGCAGGCCAAUUGGGCACUCGUUCAACAUGUACCCGGAAAACGAGAACGCCGAAUUACGCUUUGUCAGCGGCCGGUUCCAAGGUGCCAUCUCCUCCAUGGGGACGCACUGGGCGCUUGUUACAGAACCAUAUGGAACAAAUGGAAAAUACUUGCAAUGAACCUAUUAUCUGAAUUGGACAUUUUAUAAAUAUCAAUAAAAUGUUAACCAAUUUGCACCAAAAUCAAA